AUGAAGUCGGCUGCUCCUACUCCUCCUCCACCUGCAAGUGCUCCUCCAGCUGCAGGUGCUCCUCCGGCUGCUACUCGAUCAAAGGCUAGCUCCACUCCAACUCCGGCUGCAAGUGCUCCUGGCACAUCCACUCCUUCAGCACCGGCACCUGCACCCACACCUUCACAAGCAGCUCCAGCAAAUGCAUCAAAACCGCCUCCAGACAAGUUACCCAGGAAAAAGAUAAUAUUGCGGCUGCAACGGGAAGAAAACCGGUGUGACUGCUUCGGAGAGACGAUAGAACAUCAGUAUAACGAGGGUUUCAAAGAUAUGAGCACAUAG